AUGCUAGCUGCUUCCAGAAAUACUGCCAGAAGAGCAUACUCGACUGCUCCAAAGAGCUUGACCAUUGGCCUGAUCCCUGGUGACGGUAUUGGCCGUGAAGUUAUUCCAGCCGGUAAACAGGUGCUCGAGGCCUUGCCAUCCCAGUUCGGCCUGAAAUUCAACUUUGUCGACUUGAACGCCGGUUUCGAACUUUUCAAGAAAACAGGCACUGCUCUUCCAGAAGAUACCGUCGAGGCCUUGAAGUCUUCCUGUGACGGUGCUUUAUUUGGUGCCGUGUCGUCGCCAACCAUCAAAGUUGCUGGCUACUCGUCUCCUAUCGUCGCGUUGAGAAAGAAAAUGGGCUUGUACGCCAACGUCAGACCUGUCAAGUCAGUGGAGGGUAUUGGUAGACCGGUAGACAUGGUCAUUGUCAGAGAAAACACCGAGGAUCUCUACAUCAAGGAGGAGAGAAUAUUCGAAAAGGACGGCCAGAAGGUUGCCGAGGCAAUUAAGAGAAUCUCGGAGUCUGCCACCAGACGGAUUUCCAAAAUGGCUUACGAGAUUGCCCUACAGAGACAGGCUGUUAGAGACCUUGGUGCUGACUCCUUACACACCAAGCCUUCGGUCACUGUUGUCCACAAGUCUAAUGUUCUCUCAGUCUCUGAUGGCCUUUUCAGGGAAACUUGCAAGGCAGUUUAUGAGGAAAACAUUGAGAAGUACGGCUCCAUCGACUACAAGGAGCAGAUUGUCGACUCAAUGGUUUACAGAAUGUUCAGAGAACCUGAAAUCUUUGAUGUCGUGGUUGCCCCAAACUUAUACGGUGACAUCCUCUCGGACGGUGCUGCUGCCCUUGUCGGUUCAUUGGGUGUUGUUCCUUCUGCAAACGUGGGCGACAACUUUGCUAUCGGUGAGCCAUGUCACGGUUCUGCUCCUGACAUCGAAGGCAGAGGGAUCGCCAACCCUAUUGCAACCAUAAGAUCAACUGCGUUGAUGCUUGAAUUCAUGGGCUACUCCGAACCAGCCGCCAAGAUCUACUCUGCUGUCGACGCAAACUUGAAAGAAGACUCUAUCAAGACCCCUGACUUGGGUGGUAAAUCUUCAACUCAAGAAGUCAUUGAUGAUAUCGUCAAGAGAUUCUAG